GCCCACCGGCCCGGGCUGGGGCAGUGACAAGAUGGCGGCGCACCUGUCUUACGGGCGGGUGAACUUGAACGUGCUGCGCGAGGCGGUGCGGAGGGAGCUGCGCGAGUUCCUGGACAAGUGCGCGGGUAGCAAGGCAAUAGUUUGGGAUGAAUACCUGACAGGACCUUUUGGACUGAUUGCACAGUAUUCACUAUUGAAGGAACAUGAGGUGGAAAAAAUGUUCACACUUAAAGGAAGCCGUCUGCCUGCAGCUGAUGUCAAGAACAUUAUUUUUUUUGUCAGACCCAGGCUAGAAUUGAUGGAUAUAAUUGCUGAAAAUGUACUCAGUGAAGAUAGACGCUCCCCUGCAAGAGAUUUCCACAUUUUGUUCGUCCCUCGCCGGAGCUUGCUGUGUGAGCAGCGCUUGAAGGAUCAGGGUGUUCUAGGGUCCUUUAUUCACAGAGAAGAGUACAGCCUCGACCUCAUUCCGUUUGAUGGCGACUUGUUAUCCAUGGAGUCUGAGAGCGCCUUUAAGGAGUGCUAUUUGGAGAAUGACCAGACAAGUCUGUACCACGCAGCGAAAGGACUGAUGACUUUGCAAGCCUUGUAUGGAACCAUCCCCCAGAUCUUUGGGAAGGGGGAGUGCGCGAGGCAAGUGGCCAAUGUGAUGAUCAGAAUGAAGAGGGAGUUCCCUGGAAGCCAGAAUUCGAUAUUUCCUGUUUUUGAUACUCUCCUGCUGCUUGACCGGAACGUAGACUUGUUAACCCCUCUGGCCACUCAGCUUACAUAUGAAGGACUCAUUGAUGAAAUUUAUGGCAUUCAAAAUAGUUAUGUGAAACUACCUCCAGAGAAAUUUGCUUCUAAGAAACAGGGGGAGAGUGGGAAGGAGCUGCCCAUGGAAGCCAAGAAGCUUCAACUCAAUUCUGCAGAGGAGCUCUACGCUGAGAUCAGAGACAAAAACUUCAAUGCUGUGGGCUCGGUUCUGAGCAAGAAAGCCAAAAUCAUCUCGGCGGCGUUUGAGGAAAGGCACAACGCAAAGACAGUUGGUGAGAUUAAGCAGUUUGUCUCGCAGCUGCCUCACAUGCAGGCCGCAAGAGGGUCCCUGGCAAACCACACCUCCAUUGCAGAGUUGAUCAAAGACGUUACCACUUCUGAAGAUUUCUUUGAUAAGCUAACAGUGGAGCAGGAGUUUAUGUCUGGAAUAGACACCGAUAAGGUCAACAAUUACAUUGAGGACUGUAUCGCCCAAAAACAUCCAUUGAUCAAGAUUCUAAGGCUGGUUUGCCUUCAGUCUGUGUGCAACAGUGGCCUCAAGCAGAAGGUGUUAGAUUAUUACAAAAGAGAAAUUCUCCAGACCUAUGGCUACGAACACAUGCUGACCUUAAACAAUCUAGAACAAGCUGGAUUGCUCAGACCUCAGGCGGGUGGUAGAAACAAUUACCCCACAAUCAGGAAAACCUUGCGGCUCUGGAUGGAUGAUGUUAACGAGCAGAACCCCAAUGACAUAUCCUAUGUCUACAGUGGCUAUGCGCCUCUCAGUGUCCGGCUAGCUCAGCUACUUGCUCGACCUGGAUGGAGAAGUAUUGAGGAAGUCCUGAAGAUGCUCCCAGGCCCCCAUUUUGAGGAGCGGCAGCAGUUACCAGCAGGAUUGCAAAAGAGGCGUCAACAGGGAGAAAACAGAGUAACUUUGGUCUUUUUCCUGGGAGGUGUGACCUAUGCGGAAAUUGCUGCCCUGAGAUUUCUGUCUCAGAUGGAAGACGGAGGUACAGAGUAUGUCAUUGCUACCACUAAACUGAUGAACGGGACCAGCUGGAUAGAAUCUCUGAUGGAGAAGCCUUUCUAAAUCUGGAACACCAAGCCAUCCUUGGCCAGCUGCAGCGAGUGGCAAGAGGCAAGACCUCCAAAGACGCCUCUCAGAAGCAGUUGCUAAAGGAAAGUGAAAAGUAAUGAAAUAAUGGCAGGAGGAUGCAGAGUUUAUGAAAUUACUGUUUAUUUCCAGUUCUGCUUUUCUCUGGUGGGUUCUGGAGUUCUUGUCUUAUCUCAGAAGGCACAAGAAUAACAGGAUAAUCGGCCUGGGUAAAAGAAACAAAAGACCCACAUGUUCUGUGUUUGGGAUCCUCAGUAGAGGCCCCAUGGAAUUGUAUUAGGGGGCUCAGUGAUGUUUGCUUUGGGCUGGUUCAAGCUCUGAGCCAAUGAGAAUGAAAUAAAAAUGGAGACUCCAUCCCCUCAUCCCUGUGCUGCUCUCCAUCUCUCAGCUCUGACCAGGUGCGUCCACUCCGGAUGGCUGGGGUAAGUGUGGGCAGGCCAAGGCUGGCCCAAAGGCUGCUGGCCCAGGGAGGUUCUCUGCCUUCCUCUCUCCACUUUGCAGGACCCUCCAGGUAUUGCCUUCAUGGGUGGCUUCAGAGUCUGCAGCUGCUGCAGUGACUCCUGCUUGGGUCAUGGCAGCUCAGAAAUGAGACCAGUGUGGUCACACUGAGCAGGGAUAGAAGUGGCAUUUGUGUAUCCCUGAGUGCUUUCAAUCUGCCUCCCACCUGUCUCCCUUCCAAUAUGUGGGAGACCUGAGGGACCUGAGCCCCAGCACCAAGAAAGGGUGAUGGUGACUUCCAUCCUUGCAGCUCACUGGGGAUGCUGGGGCCAAGGCUAGUAUCUCUCUCCCAGUGUAGCCUCUGUUACAGAGCACUAACAGCAGACCCUGAAGCAGUGGCAUUUAAUCCGGACCACCAUGUGUUAAAAGCCUUGAUUAGAAGAGGAAGGGAGACACUUGAGAAAACUUGGUGUGCCAGAAUAUCUGGGCACCAAACAUUACUCUUUGGUACAGUGAGGCUGAGAAAUGUUGUAGGGGGGUUGGGUGAAAUAAUAGUGAUAGGAUUAAUUUAGUCUUCUGACUUUGUCCUUUUAGGAUUGGGAAUAAACAACUAAACAAUCCUGAUUUUAGAAAAAGUCUUUAUCCUGUCUUCAUUCUCCUGAGAUUUGCUUGUGUCCCUCAGCCCCAAAAAUCAAAUUAAACUUGUUAAUUUUAAGAUCUCAGGCCUCACCCGAUAUUUUUGACACGUAGGAUUUUAACUUAGAGGUUGGUCACGUCUCUGGACUACGUGUUCUCCUGUUUACAGGCAAGUCACUUGUGCCCAGUGUGCUAACAUUCACCCCUUCAUCCUAUGCUAUAAGGAAAGUUAAGUCAGGUUUUAAUAAGCCAUUCAGUGGAAGACUUAGAAACAGCAACUGCUUCAUUCGUGUACAAAUAAAAAGCAACUGGUAAUUACA